AUGCCGAUGAAGCUCACGACCUGACCCCUGAGACCCUGGCUCAAUUGGAAAUGCGAAUUUUUGAGCUUGAAAUGGCUUACAAAAAGUACACAACUGAAUCGUAUCUAGUGCGCAGCAUGUUGGAUCACCUCUCCCGAAGAUCAAAAUUUUUGGACCACCAAAGGCAGAAAGUCGCUUCUCAACCUAUCUCCCACCCUCCUCCGCCUCUACCCCCACAGCCUGUUCUCCAUCCCGCUGCCGGUGCAGCACCAUUUCAACCGGCGUCCGUAAAAGUUAGGCCAAGUCACCAAGAGGAGUUGUGUGAUCCGAUGAUGCGGACAUUGGCCUUUUUGCAGUACAUAAAUGAGAAUGGAGGACCGAUAAUGAUGCAGUCAAGUAGUAGAGAUCAGGCCCUCCUAUUGAACAAUCUCCUCUCCCGUGAGAAUGGAUCAGAAGUGACAGAGACGAUGGACAACGGAGCGUCUCGGAAGAUGUCUCCAUCAGUGGGCGGUGGAAUUAAAGACGGUGCGCUAAUAGACGUCUUCCAAACGAGAAUUUUUGGUUUGUAG